AUGACAGACGUCGACUGCGACAUGGACUUUGAGUCGAGCUCAUCGUCAUCUCGAGAUUCGUCCCCGUCGUCGUCGCCGUUGUUAGGACCCUUAGACUCAUCUCCGCCCUCGAGUCCGCAGCAUGAGCCGUAUAUACUAGACUCCCCACCCCAGACACGUCUAGGUUUCUCUCAUCCGUUCGCGGCCUCGACAAAAGCCAACAAACGCCCUCCACAGCGGGAAAAGAAGGCAGAUACUCCCCCGAGUACACCUCCCGCGUUUACUCCCACACCAUUGUCCCGUAGCUCAGUCUAUUCUCGCUCGCUGGGAGAAAAAGACUACUCGCACGACGAAACAUCAAGUCUCUUAUCUCUAGACUCGAGCACGUCGCGUUACAUUGAUCGCGAUGAGCGAUUAUGGGACGACGCGUUGCGCAAACCCUUCGAUACAGGUAACGGGCACAUAGACCUGAGCAAUCUAUCGUUGAAGACCAUCCCUGCGUCGGUCGCCGAUCUCGCGGGUUUUUUCAACACGACGGAAUUGUCCGAGCAAAGUUUAUUUUCCGGACGCAGUUUAUCACGCGUCAAGACCGAGCCAGCCUUCAAGUCCCGAGUGCGUUCAUUCGAGCGGACAAAGUCCAUCAUAGACUCGGGCAAGGAGCGACAUAUGCUACAGCUCUACCUCUUUGGAAACAGCAUCCACCAUCUUCCUCCUGAGCUUUUCAAGUUAGAAAAUCUGACUGUGUUAAGUUUGCUUAUAGGCGGGAACCAGUUGACAUACAUUCCCCCGGAGAUAUGUCGUUUGAUCAACUUGAGAGAGCUGAAUAUCUCGCAGAACCGCCUGCCAUACAUUCCAUCGGAGAUGCGAGAUAUGAAACUCUCAAAGUUACAGCUCAACCCAAAUCCUUUCUUGACCGAGCCAGCCUUUUCUCGUGUCCCCUCGGCCUCUCGCGACAUCCUGUCUCAGCGGCGGUCCAUGACUCGCAUAUUCUCACAAUACAGGGAGUCGGCGGCGAAUUCAUCGAGAGCGAUCACAGUAUCUCCCCUGACGACAUUUCUUCCGGGCGUACCUCCACUGGCUGAGAUCUGUUAUCGGAAGUUGCUUUGCUCACUGAAAGGCGACAACUCUCGGACUGUGCUCAGCGAAUAUUAUGGGGUCCCUCUUUCCGAUGUUUGGAACGUGCCAGAAAAUGUACGCGAGGUAUUGACGGACAACGUGCCCGGUGUUUUUAAGUCAAAUGAUAUCCCUCCCAAGCCUCGAAAGCAUGGCCGGAGGCCAUCGCAGGGGUCGGGCGGGUGUGCAAACCCGGAGCACAAGGGCCGAUUCUUCGUGAGGCACGCUGUAGAGCGAUUCACAUGGGAGCGUCACAUUGCUGGUGUAGACGUGGGUGGAGCAGUUCCGCUGCGAUGGAGAGGGUGCAUAGAGACGUGCUUGGCAUUCUUGGAUGAGGGUGUGCGACAGGUUAACGCUCUAGAGUUGCCACCCACGGAUACGAGCGAUGCAAUGGAUUUUGAUGAGACAGAUGCCGUGAUGGCAAUGGACUUGGGCGGGUUCGACGUGGAUGAAUUUGAUGACUGA